AUGUAUUUACCACGCUCACAACUUGCAACACUAUACCUCCACCUGCAGAAGACUCAUCAUCCAUUAUCCCCGCCAGUCCUUAUACUCGUUGCUCUCGAACCCGAUGCCUUAUGCGGAUGUCGAAUCCUUACCCAACUACUCAAGCGCGAUUAUAUCCCACAUAAGAUACAACCAAUUGCCGGAUAUGGGGAUCUGGAGAAAGCGGGGAAGAAUGUUAUACAACCUAUGAUGGAAAACCAGGGUGGUAGCGGGGGAGUUGUGGUUUGCUUGGGUGUUGGAGGCCUAGUUGACUUGGGUGCGCUGCUGGGGUUUGAUUCCGAGGCAGAUGAAGCUAGUUAUGGUGGUGUUGAAGUUUGGGUCGUGGAUGCAAGACGACCUUGGAACUUAGGGAAUGUCUUUGGAGGAUUCCCAAUUGUAUCACAUCAAGUGGAGGGCGGGGAAAUUAUAUCCGAGCCACCGAAAGGUGUGGUUGGAGGAAUGAUAGCAAGAAAUUAUAAGCCGGGCAAAGGAGGUAUUAUUGUUUUUGAUGACGGGGAUAUCGAGGAAGAUAUGAAGGCGGAGAAGGAUGCAUACUUGGCACUAGUGGAUAUGCCUGAGAUGGAGGAUGAUGGGGAUGAUAGUGAGGGUAGCGAGACAGAAGGAGACAGUGAUGAUGAUGGGGCUUCUCCAAUCAAGAGAUCAAGCAAGAAGAGGAAGUCUUGGUCGGAUCGGGAUGAGGAAGAUGAUACUGACGUAGAGGAUGAUAGACCACGGCGGAGGCGGAGAAGCAAUUCAUCAAGUCCCAUUCCAGAAUCCCCGACUCGUGCUCCUCAGCGUGGACUUCUAUCACUCAAUUCACUAAAUGAUCCAACAAUAUUCUCAAGCGAUUCACGAUCCGUAUCCCCACCACCCGCACAACCUCCCAAACCUCCUUCGGCAAGGGCUUUACGACGAAAACUGCGGAAACUGCGUCGAAAGAAUGAGAUGGUUCUCCAAACAUAUUAUAACCUCGGUGCAUCAUAUUCGGAGCCGAUAUCUUCGAUGAUGUAUUCAUUGGCUUCAGAGUUGGGAAGGGAAGAUAACGACCUGCUUUGGAUGACAAUUGUAGGUGUCAGCUCACAAGAAUUAUAUGGUCGUUCGGCAAUUGGAGUUGGGGUGACUACAGAAAAGUCCUCGCCGUCAGGAUGGUUAGGCUCUCGAGGAUCACGAACCCGGCAACUUCUACGAGAUGAAGUACGUCGCCUUAAUCCCCCAGAACUUUCGGAGUCGGCCUUCAAUUCCAAUAGAAAUUCGUCACCUGAAAAUAGUGGCAUAAUACCAACAACAGCGCGAAGUCCAACAGAUACUAGUAUCCGUUUAUCUCCGGAACCAAAAUUUCUUCUCAUCAGACAUUGGAGUUUAUAUGAUAGCAUGUUACAUUCCCCAUAUUUAUCGGCGAGAUUACAUAUUUGGUCGGAUAGUGGACGAAAACGAUUACAUAAAUUACUUGCAAAGAUGGGUGUCAGUCUUGUUCAAUGCAAACAAAGCUAUACACAUAUGGAUAUGGAACUCAAACGCGGACUACGGACAAAACUAUUGAAAUACUCAGAACUCUAUGGCCUAGAUGAUCUCGUCCCAGGUACAGAUACGGACGGUAGAGACAGAGGAGGCUCGAAAGAAGGAUGGGGUUUUGUGAGAAGUUGGGGUUGGAAGGCUACCCUUAGUGCACAAGAUGUGGGAGUCGUAGUGGGUGCUAUUUUGGAGGUGGGAAAGAAGGCAGUAACGACUAUAGAGAAUGGGACUUGGGAUCGAAGUCGAGAGACAAAAGAGACGAGUGAUGAGGAUGGGACACUGGAAGGUGAGGAAUGGGUUGGGAGGUUUUGGGAUGCUUAUGAUGCACUUGAGAAAAUCGAAGAACUCAAACUAGCCCUUCCAACAGCCCAACAUUUACAUCGCGCAAUUCUUCGCACUGGCACUUCUCUAAUAGAAAAGCGCCAAAUUAAACAUCUUCGCGCCUUUCGUAUGGCGGUAGUGAAAGAUGGUCCAGAUGUCCCAUUAUUCACCCAUCCAGCCGCAUUAACAAAACUCGCCCUAUGGAUUGGUGAGGCAAUUGCAGAACAGGAGAGAGAAAGUAAAGGCAAGCUAGGUAAUGGAGGUAGAGGUACACCAUUAGUCGUUGCCGGACUAAACGAAGGCAGAGGUGUAUAUGUUGUAGUUGGUACAGGUGGUGGAGGCGGAGGAAUAGGAGGUUGGGGCUUUGGCGAUAAAAAAGCCGCAAGAGAAAAAGCCAAGAAAAAGCAGGAAAAAGCUGCAGCGAGAGAAUUGAGAAGGAAAAAUAAAGAAAAAAUCAGAGAAGAGAAAAGAGCAGCUAGACGAGCAGCUCGAGGUGAAGAGGAUGAUGAUGAUGAGGACGAUGAGACGGAAGAAGAAUCUUCGGAAUCAGAAGAUGAUGACGAAGAAGAAGAGGAAGACGAAGAAGCGGAGAGAGGAAAAGGAUUUGGGAGAAACAAAUUCGGUAAUGCUUUUCAAGAGGUGGUGGAGGAGACGAAUGCAAGGGUUAGGAUUGAUAGUUUCGAACAUUGUGUGGUGGAGGUCAAGAAGGAGGAUUUGGGAGGUUUUCUGGAAAGUUUGAGUUUGAGGGCUGUUGUUGGGUAG